AUGGAGGCGAAGUACGGCGUCACGUUCAAGGAGGGCGACGAAGUCUAUACCUUGGACCUCAUGGACGACGAGGCGGCUAUGUGUCUGCCCGAGGGCACGCUCCUCGAAGAGGCUGUCCAGCUCGAGACUACGCCCUUGCCCUACGUCGUCGAGGCUAUCAAGCUCAAGCUCUUCGCCGCCCGCCGAUCGCCUCAUCCUCACCAAGGCGAUCAAGGAUUUCCUCGAUGA